AAGAGCGCUGCAACCAACUCGCAGCGUUUGGCCCUGGCUUCUGCUAGCAGCCGCAAUAGUGUGGCUCGAAGACGCAUCCCGCAAAAGAAGCACUUUUCAGACUCCUCCCCAAGCAAGCCCCCGACGGCUGCCGAAAUAGCUACUGAGAAAGAAGCCGCUCGUCAGCAGGUGCUCCAUGAAGCCAACGAAACCAUGAAGUCCUAUCACCAUGCCCGACUGGCCAAAUUACGAGGAGAAUUGCCAUCCAGAAACAAGACGGGUCCAUCUACGAAUUACGUGCAGAUUGGGGUUGUCGUGGCCUUUAUGGCAGCCUUUUGCGCCAGUCCUUUUCUCGGGAAGCGCAUUGCCCAGGACAAGGAGUUUCGUGAAAAAUACGUGCCCAGUUGGUACGAUUUCACCAUCAAGAAACCAACUUCGGAGCUGUCGCGAGAAGAAGUGCACGAUCAGAUUCUCCAGUUGCAAAAGGAGAUCCGGGCUCGAGCUAUUGCGGGAGAUUUCAGCGACGAAAAGUUGAGCAAAAUGAGACGGUAUAUGGAAGGAUUGGAUCCCGAACAAAACAAGGAAUUCAAUCCAGACAAUGAUCAGCACGCAUGGUCCAAAUUGCAUCCCGGAUUGGAUGAUGAUGAAGACGUGGAAGACGAGUAA